GCUGGGCGCAACAGGGGCUGCCCAGGGCGGAGAGGUCUUCUUCAGCCCCACUACCCGCACCGUCCUCGAACCCGGGGAUCGCGGGUUCGGCGCCCGGGUUGCAACAGACAGGCGCAGGCAAGACAGAUGCGCCCCAAGCGGAGGGGUGGGAGGAGGGAUGCGCAGCCCCCGCCCUCGCCCCAGUCCCUCACCCACCUCCUGGUCCCUCCCCGCCCUAACUCUCCCGGCGCCCUUGCCCGCCGCAGGCGGAGCUGGAUUUGCGGCGCUGGAUGAUCCUGACUCCCGCCCCUUCCCGGUCGGUCCCUCCCUCGCUUCCUCCCCUCCGCGGAGCCCCCCAGCGGCAGCCACCGCCGCGGUGUAUCCCGGUGCGGCGCGAGCAGCUGCCAAGGGGCCAAGGGAUGAGCUGGCGUCCUCCUUCCCAAUGGCAUCUUCCCCUGGUCUGGAAUUGAAGACACUGAGCAAUGGUCCUCAGGUCCCAAGGAGACCUCCUCCUCUGGGCCCAGUGGCCCCACCCAGGGCUGGUGUGGAGAAUGCCUGCUUCUCCUUGGAGGAGAAUGAGACCUGUUUCCAGAACCCUGGAGAUGCCAGACUGGGCAGUUCCCCUAGUCUCCCAGAGGGUGUCCCCUCACUCUCCAGGUCGCAGCAGGAUGAUCUGUCUCUAUGUUCAGAGGAGGGGCCAGGUCUGGAGCCUGUGAGCCGCCCUGUGGAUUAUGGCUUUGUUUGUGCUCUGGUUUUCUUGGUGAGUGGGAUCCUCCUGGUGGUGACAGCAUACGCCAUUCCCCGUGAGGCCCGUGUCAACCCAGAUACAGUGACUGCAAGGGAGAUGGAGCGACUAGAGAUGUACUAUGCCCGUCUGGGCUCCCACCUGGACAAGUGUAUCAUCGCGGGCCUGGGGCUGCUCACAGUGGGCGGCAUGCUCUUGUCAGUGCUGCUCAUGGUCUCCCUGUGCAAAGGCGAGCUGUACCGCAGGCGGACCUUCAUCCCUGGCAGAGGUCCCAGAAAGACCUAUGGCUCCAUUAACCUGCGCAUGAGACAGCUAAAUGGGGAGAGAGGCCAAGCACUGGUGGAGAACGAAGUUGUCCAGGUCUUGGAGGCUAGCCAUACCCUCCAGGGGUCUUAAGUAAAAGCCCACUCUAUUUGGGUACAUUAGCUUCAGGGCUCCGAGGCCUGGGGUUUCAAAUAGUUCUACACAGGGCCCAGUGGAAGGAGUCUAGGGUGCCAAAGGGGGACUUGGGCCUGGCCCAGUCCCCACUGAGGCAAGCGCCUGCUGAUCUGUUUUAUAGCUUGAGGUUUUGCAUAAGGUUUUGUUUGGAAGAUGGCUUCUGCUGCUAAAAAUACAAAGUUUGGAAACUGCUGCUCUUAGAAGAUAAGGUUUCAGGCAUUUUUGAGGGUUGUGAGCCAUUUGAAAGAUUGCCUAUCAUGUUCCUCCUCCCAUGGGGAAUUCCAGAAUCUCUGUAUCCUCACUGGCCAAGCAAGGGUGUUGGGUGACCAUGGAGGAGCACCUUUCAGUCAUGACAAUCUAGGUUGCGAGGUAGCUUCAUGGUAAGGGAGAAGCCAGCCCUGGGGUGACCUCCUGUAGUACCCCACUGACUGAACCACGACCCUUGCUGCUUCAGGCCCUAGUUACUCUUCUCUGUCAAGCAAGGAGAUUGGACUGAUGACCUCUCAGGCCAGUUCUGUCCUGAGAAUGGGAACCCAGUCUCCACCCUUUCAGAAGAAGAGGUAUUUUCGAGGCACUGAUCAUUUGUCAUGCCAUUUUCUGGCCCCACCUUGGUGACCACCAGUGUGAGGAAGCCAGCUACUUUCAUGGUCCUGCUAAAGAGCCUCUUGACUGGGUGGGUUACAUUUAACUUGCCACAGCCUAGUUUUGGUUUGGGUGUCUAAUUUCUGGUAGUGAAUUUCUGCAGUGGCACAUUUUACAGAGUUAAGUGCCCAGUUUUGACCCAUCCUCUGGGCACAAAAGACUUUUUAUAUAAGAAAGUAUGAAGGUUUUUUGUAUUUGAAGACUGUUGUAUUUUUGUGGGUGUGACACAUGCUUUUAUCAUCUUCCCUCCUCAACAGUAUGUCUCUUGGGCCUGACCUCAUUCUGUUAGCAGAAAAAAGAAGUUUGUUUUGUUUUUUAAAUGCUGAACUUGUAGCCUCCUGCUUUCCUUCUUAGUAGUAAAGUGCAGCCGCAGUUUAUUUGGGGGGAAAUCAGGCAUAUUGAGGAGACCGGGACACUCUGGCCUCAUUGAUUACCAUUUAUUUGUUCUCUCUCUUGUGGACUGUUUCCAGGCUACUUCCAAACUCUCAACUUCUGACGAGGAAGGAAAGUAAGCUCUAAGUGGCAAGGACAUGCAGGCAGGGAACUGGGGGAGACAUUGUCCAGGCAAGGUGACUCUAAAGCACUUCCCAAGUGCUUACUUUCUACGCCACUGGUAUGAAGACUCUGAAGGGCCCAUUUCAGUGAAACUUUGCUUCCAAGUAGGUCCCACUUACUUACUUGAGGUUGUCCACCUGGGGCAUGAAUCUAACUGUCUCCAGGAUGGAAGGCGGGGAUGGAUGUGGGGUCUGUAAAUGCUCGUUACCAGUAACAUGAGCCUUUGAUCCACUGAGUUGAACAUCUGGGCUUCCAGCUCUCUCACAGCUCCUGAGACAGAUCAAAUAUCUGCUCCUGCUGGCAGUUUUCAUUGGGAGAGAGGGGUGGGGGAGGGCUGAGGGGGUGAAGAUUGUUUAGCUUGGCCCCCUCUGCUCUGUCAUGUUGUGAAAAGGGUGUGGUUAGAAAAGAACAAAGCCCAAGAUGGUGAAUGGUGCACAGGGCCCGAGGUUCCAGAUGGGUAGAUGCGUGCAGUUCUUGCAGGCUUCAAGCAAGGACUGAUGCAGAGGUGGCAUGAGCUGUGCUAGGUGAACUCCAGAAGAACUGGGCAUCCUGAAUGAUGGGCUAAGGCUUUUCAAGUCCAUAAAGAUAAUAAAUAAAGACAUCAAUCUGAGCCAUUUGGAUUACUGUGACAGUGGGGGACUUGGGUACCAAACCUGUUGAGAGAAUGCAUGUGGGACCAUCAUUUCUUAUCAGGUUAAAUGCAAUGAAUUGUAUUUGGGGGAUAAAUUUGUUAGAUUAAGUCCAGGAAUCUCAGGUUUUCUCCAAGUCAGAGAGGCCUGCUUUGCAUUCUAAUGUAGAAACUCCUUUAGAAAAUGUGUGUAAUGGAUUGAGGCGGUCAUUACCUUGUCAGUAAAUUAACAAAACUUGAGAGAUGCCAAAAACAUUUCCCCAAGAGUGCAGCUGAGAUCUCCCAGCUGGUGAAGCAGACACAGGUUUAUGAAAGUCCAGGAAAAGCAAGGAGCACUGAGAGCUUUCUCUGUACAUAUGAUUCUAUGGGGUAGGUGUGGAACUGUUCUGAGAGCUCCUCUGGUUACCAGACGUACCUCACAUCUAGGAGCUUCUACUAAGGCCCCAAACUCAGGCUUUUUCUGAUGUAUUUGGUGCUGAUUUCAGAGUUGGGAAUAUGUGCUCUGCCAUUUACUGGCCCUGUGACCUGGAGCAAGUUACUGUGCCUCUUUGAGUCUGGGUUUCUUUGUAGAUUAAUGAAAACCUACUCGGGAAGGUGGCCUUUUCCUCACCUCUGUUGGGCCAACUCAAUUAGGCCUGAACCUCAGGGCCAGCCCUUCUGCCUCCCCACACACCUUACAACCGACCUGCUACAAAUCUUGUCUGCUGUUUGUUCAGAGUCUGAUCACUGUUCAUCCCUUGCCUGCCACUGCUUGGCCAAGUCUCUCACUGGUGUCCUAACUUUUUUUCUGCCCAGCUCUUGUCCCCAGCUUAUCCUCUGUCAUCUAAGUCUGUUGAGAGGACAGGUCGUGUCACUCAUCUGCUCAACUCCUGAGUGGCCUCCUCAUUCUCACUGCAGCCAGAGGUGGACCUACAAGAUGAGUGACACAUGUGUGUCUGGACCCCUCAGGCUCCUUUCUGAGACACUAAAUAGUUUGGUAUUUAUAAUCCAACCUUAUUUUUAAGAAUUUCCCUGAAAUUGCUUAAGCUUUAGGUUUUCCCCAAACCUGGGCCCACCUCUCAUAGUGGCCUAUAAUGCGUUUCACUGUCUGACUGCUGAGCCUCUUUGGUCCCUCACUCACUCUGCUCCAGCCACACUCAGACUCACCUCUGUCAUUUCUCAACCUUGCCAGGCAUACCCCAACCUCAGGACCUUUGCACAAGCCAUUUAUACCACAUGGAAGGCUUGUCCCUUGUUAUCUGCAAAGCCUACCCCCAUCAUUUCCUUGUGGCCUUAUUCAAACAUCACCUUCUCACUGAAAUCUUGCUGAUCACUCUACUUAAAGUCACACCCCACCACUUCUUCUCUUUACCUGCUGAUCACCACCAGCAAGCUGUACUGUGUCCUGUGUCUAUCCUUCCCACUCCUCUCCCAUUGGAUUGUGAGCUUUAUGAGUGAUAUUUAGUUGCACUGGUUCAAGCUGCUCUUCUAGCUCAGGAAACAGUGACUGACACAUACAGUAGGUGUUCUUUGAUGUGUGAAUGAAUGAAACAAGUUUCUUAUGGCUGCCAGCGCUGCUAGACCUUAUUCAGGUUCCUGCAGCCCUGUAGUGCUUGCUUGGAGACUGGGUUGUCCUCCUAGAACCCUGUCUUGCGGUAGCAGUCAGUGACACAGAAGGUCAUAGGCCAAGUAUUAAGGGGAUUAUUUUGUUCCUGGGCCCUUCUGUUGUAGCUCAUUUGCCUUCUUCUCCCUGGACAUUGGUACAGCUUCAUGUGGAGGUGUUAUGAGGCAUUUCCCUGAGGAGGGCAAAGCCCUGUUUCCAGUCUUAUUAGGAUGCAGCCAAAUGCCAGACUGGAAGUUGGUUGCUGGGUGCUUAGGAGCCUAUGAGAUAUGUAUGCCUGAUUCUCCUCUUAGGCCGGAAGCUUUGGAACCCUAGUGCCUGAGGUCACCUCUGUUUGAUUCCUGCAGGCAUCCUGCGAAUCUCCUUGCUGACAGUGUCUGCUGCCUAAGACCCUGCUGACAUUGCUUUCUUUUGGGAAUAAGCAUUGCCUUUCCUGAGAUUUUCCUUACAUGUCCUCUCUGUACAUACAUACCUACCCAUACCUGCACAUAUGCAUAAAGGCACACUGCUAUGCAUAUCCUCACAUACACACCCUGUCCACACACACAUAGCUUUCUCCUGUCUCACUUUGCUCCAAAGCCAAGGACACACAGCCUGGGGAAGUGGCUUCAAGCCAGGGAAUCCUCUGGAUGAGUGAUAAUGUUUCCUUUUUCUCCUCAGCUAUGGCUAUGCAGCUCCCAGCAUGCUGACCUUACAGCAGCAGCCUCUUGUCUCUUCCCCAUGCCAUAUCUUUCCUACUCCCUCCUUUAGGGGACAAGAGGAAAUAUAUCCAAGAGCAUUUCCACUCUAGCAUUUCAGGAAAGGACUGUACUACUGGGCUGGGAAUUAGGCAAGCCAGGUCCUGGUGAUCACUCUUCCUGUGGGCCUUUGGGUAAACAGAUCUACCUCUUUGAUCUUCCUGAGGAAAACUGGACACUUUCCUUUUAGAGCACUUACAAAAUUUGACAUGGUGCUUCAUGUCAGGGGACAGGAGGAGGAAAGAGGGGGCAUUAGGAAGAAUCUAUAGGGGGCAGAGUUAGGUCAGGAGGAAAGUAGGGUGUCAGGGGCACUAAAAAGGCAGGGAGAUACCCUCAUGCUGGUCCUGCUGGUUUCUCCUGGAGAGCAGGUCCCCUUUAGUGGCACCCAGGAGAGAGAGGAGAGAGAAAGUGCUGAGGUCUUGCCUACUUUGGAGUGGUAGGGAACUCCUUGUCAGUGGAAGCAUGUUAGCAUUUAUUGGUUAGGUGUUGGGUACCUUUAGGGAUGGAGUAUAGUGGAGUUAGAUUUGGAUUUACCCAAGAUGGUUCCAAACCACUUCUUUUGAGGAGCCAGUGGCAUAGUGGCUACAGCCUGGAUACAGUGGCAACUCUGGCUCUAUUUUAUCUUCUUGUCUUUGUCCCAAAUAUUUUUUUCCCUAGAUCUUUCUUCUUUCUGAAUUGUGUUGUCCACACAUAGGUGGGCAACACCAGGACAUCUCAUGGUACAAGGGGUGACAGGAUUGCCUCCCCUCUCCUCCCAAGGAGCCAAGAACUUCUGUGUUUUCUCUCUAUUCAAAGCUCAAAGAGAUGGAAGGCAGAGCUCCAUGGAGGGGUCCACUGGUAUUGUUCAUCAGAUGAGUGUGAGCCACUGAUGUACUGCAUUGGUGCUUGAUGGUGCUCCAUGCCUCUUUAGCUCAUUCCCUCAUCUGUAAAUUGCACUGCUAAUAACAGCACCUUCCCUGUAAGGUUGCCAUAAGCAGCAAAUGAGAUGAGGCCUAUACAACCCUAGCACAAGGCCUCGCACUUCCUAAGCACUUCUUAGAUGUUCAUUCAUCACACUUGCUCUGCAUUUUGACCCAGACAGUGUGGGCACAUAGCUCCUGCCCUUGGGGUGUCCAGGCUGUCUGGGGAAGCAGGGUGGUGUGGCUGCUGCUGGGAGACAUGAUACCUAGGGGUUGUGUGCCCAUGUGUUGUGGAGAGAAGCCACCCAAUAGAGCUGGAUUCAGAAAGGUGCUACUGAAAGGUAUGUCUAAUAGGAUUCUGAAACACUGAGGCAGAAUUGGGGGUCAGCUAACAGUAAGAAGAAACAGUGAUUGGGCAGAGAAUGACAGCAUGAGCAGAGAUCAGAGGCCUCAGCAGCCAUAUGUGUCCUAUACUGGGGCAGAUGGAAGGGAGGUGUGCAGGAGUUUGAGAAGGUCAUGCAGCAGGACAGAGGCCAUAGUGGGCACUUGUGUUUCAUCAUCUGCAGAAGGGGGUCAGCCAUGAUGUGUAACUGUGAUGAUAGGUACUGUGCAUGGCACAUGAAGAAAGGGUUCUGUCCACCCUGUGAUGGCUUACAGCUGCAUGAGGCAGGAAGAGUCUUUAGAUAUCUAAGGCAAUGUAGAGCUGACACUGGCACUGUGGGGUCCAGCAUCCCCUGACCUCUUCUCAGGGCUUCUGAUGUAGGCAGAAGACAUGAACUUCAGCUCCAGGCCUCAACCUCCAUGUCUCAUCCUCAUUUAACCAUAAACACCAAGGUCAAAAUAACGGCUGCUGAUCUUUUUGGCUUAUGAGAUGGUUAGUGAGUGAAAGGAAACACCAAUCAGCUUCUCUGGCAGGAGAGCUGGCCCCAGGGGAGCAUAAGCUAGGGAAAAAGGCGGCUGCCAUACCAACCUCUUCCUGGGUAACACGGUGUCUGAGCCAGUCCUGACUUUGGGCCAAUGACAGUCAGCAAAAAACAUCUCUCAUCUUUUCUUGCUUGUUAUUUUUUUUUUUUUUUGAUUCCAGUGUCCAUAUCUCCUUUCCUUAAAGCUACUGUGAAGGCUAGACAUCUGGAGGAAAGUGAUCACUAUUGGACUCUCCUGGGAAUUUUCAGGGUCCCCCAUCAGAGAUCAGAGUAGAGGCCCAACUGCAGAUGCCUUCAAAGCUCAGCAGGUGACAUCAGUGAACAUAGCAGGUGGCCUUGGAUGACAGUAGCAGGACUAAAGGGGGUGCCUGCUCUAGCCCUGACCAGCUGUUCUGUGGUUAUAGUUGCUGGCUUUUCAAAAGCAGCUGAACAGCUGGACUUGGUGUGGGUACAAAGAUCCUGCAAAGGAUUAUCCCCAGCCUGAAGACUGACUGAGGCUAAAGCUGAGGUCAAAAGAGGUCCCAGAGAGAUGCCACCUGCUGGGUCAGACAUUACAUCCCUCCCCUUUCCCAGAGCUUACUCCAUCAUUCAUAGACAUGGGGACACCUCCAACAGGGGGAUUGCCUCUUGCCUCCUCUUUCUUGCCUUCUGACUGGAAAAUUGCUGAGCUGAGACACUACUUGAGAGUUGCCCAUCCAGGUAUCCUUCAUUCAUUCCUUCAACAAAGAUCCAAGCAGCUACUCAGUGCCAGGAUUUAGCAGUUCAGAACUGAACAGGUAGAAAUGCAAGUGUAUUCCUGAGAGACUUGAUCUUGUCUUCUGAAGCUUAGGGGUGUUUGUGAGCAGGCAGUCAAGGAGAAUUCCUGGGGUUAGAGGCCCAUGGGGAUCAUGCAUGCAGCUUGAAGGGAUGGUGGUGUUGGGAAGGAGAGAUGACGAAGUCCUGUGUUCCCUCCCAGUGUCUGAGGUCUGAGAAAGUAGGUGAAGGGCACUGAUGUUUUAGGGGCUCCAAAUGUUGAAGCAGGGAACGAGGAGCCUGUGGGGUAGCACAGUGACUGAGCAGUCCAGCUGAGACAACCUGAGCCUCUUGUGGGACUGGACAGUGGACCUACUAUGAAUAAGAGUAAGCCCACCUGUCCUCACCCCCAUCAUAAGAAGUCCACAAAGACACUUGGUUUUCUACUUCUGUCCCAUCCACACCCUGGAAGAGUAAAGGUCCAGAAGAGACCAGGGUAGACUCCUUAGAAUUAGAUGUGAGUUGAAAAGUUUAAAACUGAUUGAAAUUGAAUUUGAAAUCAAACUGAACAGCUUGUUAUUGACUGGCCCUAGAUGUUGAGAUGAGAAAAGAGGAUUUGACAGCAGUCAGCUAAAUAAAAACAUUUCAUGUUUCUACACUGCAGGUAGGAAAAAUAAGUUAGUGUCCUCUGGGUAUCAGGUCCUCAUCUAUGUCUUUCUACCUACUAUUUAAAACUCAUCAUAACUCAGUAAAGGAGUUCCUAUCAUUACCUGUUUUACAGAAGAGGAAAUUUUGGCAAGGACAGGUUAAGUGACUUGUCAAAGGUCACACAGCUGAUGAACAGCAGAGUCAAAUUUAAUAAUAUGCCAUCAUGUGUGUUAGCAAGUUUAGUAACAUAUAGGCCAGUUGGAGCAUAAUUAUGGCAGAUCUGGGUUGUGGGUUGCCACUUUGAGGCCCAUGGCUUGUCAUGAAAUGAGAAUUCUGUGGAGAGCUGGCCGGCCCAUGGUUUGCUUAUUUAUGGAACCUACAGAUGGGUAGUCAGUCAAUUCCUCCCCAUCUCCACUUUACAGAAGGGAAGAAAGCUAAAGACUUGUCAUGAUUAAUGGGCUCAGGCCUCCUGCCCAUUGCUCUCAAUGGCUUCUCACUUGAAUUUAUAUCCUGUGAACCAAGCAGCUUGAAGGAUGAAACUGCUACUGUGAAUCUGAAGAGAAGGGAAAGAGCAGGGCUUUGUACUGGAGGUCAGACAUCUAUGUCCUCUGCACUGCAAGAUUCUUCUUGUCCUGAGAAGUGCACCAUACUGGAUUUGGAAUCAGGAGUCUGGUUUUAACCUGGCGCAAAGAACUCCCAAAGUGUCCAAGACGGGAGCGCUAACCAGGGUGCUGAACCUACCGGUAUGCUGCUCUUCUUAUAGCCUCACUGAGGGAACAGGGAAAUGAAAGGGAAAGGAACCCUCACAUUUUUUGUCACUCAGAGCCUCUCCAUGACUGUUUUGGCCACUGUUCAGUGGAAACAUCUUGGGACUUAAAUUUAGGAUUUAUGCCAUCUGUGACCCCCUGGGAAAGUCACUAUCAUUCAUCUGCCUGGGCUUGUUUUUUCACCUUUUCAAUGGGAAAGUAUCUUGUAUCCUUACUCAGAAUGUCAAGGUGAGCAACAUCUGGGCCCAGGUGACAGGUCCCUGUAGUCCAACCCUGGGGUCCAAAUUAGUUCUUAGGAGCUCACACUCAUGGAGGGCUUCUGGGUCUUUGUCCCCCACUGCACAAUGGAGGUCUGCUGAAUGGUUUCAGAUACUCUUACCUGGGGGCUUCUAUUGCAGUGGCUGCAGGCAGCAGUACUCCAGAACGUGAGGCACACUUUGUAAAUAGGACCAAUUUUGGAGUCUAAGAUCAUCUUGGGGAUUACUCAGCACCUUCCUUUCUUACACACAUUCUGACUUGUUUUACAGCUUCUGGCAUGGAUUUUGCUCAGGCACCCAUGAUCCUCAUUAGACCAGGGUAUGAGACAUGAGCACAGCAGUUCUACUGAAAAGAACACUGGCUUCAGAAUGAAGAAGCUGACCCAGUUCUAACAUCCUUCAGGGAUUAUGUCUAGCACCUCAAGUGAGGUUGCCAGCAGUGUUGAACUUGAGUUUGUGAGGACUACAUGAAGUAAGAAGCCAGCACACUGUGAGCACCAGGUAAAUUCUAAUUUUGUGCACUGGGAAUGGCUCAAGUCUCCUCUCCUGCUGUCUAUGAGUCCCAUCUUUACCUCAGUAAAAUGACCUUCAUAUAAUAGCAGCUGAUGCCCACUGAGCCCUUCACUAUCCACUAAUAAUCCAAUCCUCCAGACAAAAGUGACUGUCAUUUUGCAGGUGAAGGCCACAUACUGACAAAGAAGUGCCUGUAGUCAUGCCCUUGCCUGCCUGACUUGAACAUAUUAUCAGAUCUUUCCAAACUAUUUCUGGUUUAGAAAAUGGAAGUAACUCUCAUUAUUGUUAUAAUUUGAAGAUAUAAUGUAUCAUAUUUAAAGAUACACACUAGACACACGUGAGUGAUCCCCAGGGGUAAAGGAAUGGAGUGGAUACUGAAGUUUAACCAGGGAAAUCUUUCAGGGGGUUCUACCAUGCACUUAUCAUGUGCUAUCGGCCAAAGAGACUGAUAGGCUGAGUUACUUGCAUCUGAUAUCAGGGUGAAGGAAAAGUACAAAGCUUUUCAAAUUUAUCAUAAACAUGAAUCUCACAGAGAACUUGUUGAAGUGCAGAUUCUCAUUUGAUAAUCUGGGAGUGUAGCCUGAGAUGCUGCAUUUCUACAAGGUCCCAGGUGAUACUGUUGCCACUCAUGAGCUCAGUCCAAAGCAUUGUCUUCUCAACUCUGAAACUUGCAUGAUCCUAUGAAUCACAAGAGGAACUCAUAAAAACUGGACAUGAAGAACUGUCUUUGUGGAUAUGGGUUGGGGCGCAAGGUGUGGUAAUGUGUACUUAGAGCAAGCAUCUGAGAAGAGUUAUGCUUGGGUAGGUAGGGCUGUGGUACUCACCUGUACCAUGGCCCAUGGUGCAGAUACAGGAGCCUGGCUCACCAGAUCACUAUCCCAAUAUACCUUCCAGAAGGGAGGGGUGGUAAGCAAACCAGGAUAUUUUCCUAGGAUCUCUUGCUGUUAAGGGUUUGCUAGAUGAUGCAGAUAAUCAAAUGUAUUCAAUUAACCCUUGGAUUAGACCUGAGCUGGAGGAGGUGGAGGUGGCAGUAUGAAGGACAUCCACUUUCUGGUAUACAUGCAGGUACUUUGCAAUGCUGGAGUUCCUGCUCUGCUGAUAUGACUGCACUAUUCUCUGGAUCCUAACUUUUUAGCUAGAAUAUUUACUGCAGUUGAACCCCACAACUAACACUUCAGCAGCACCCUCACACUCCCUCAUCCUCUCAAUGUCAUACUGUGAUCCACAGCACAUACUGUUUUAUCUGGAACACAGCAUUACCUGGCCACCCAGGGUUCUGUUAGACUAAGCUGCCAGCCUCAUGAUCCUUUAUGUCAGGCCCGACUUUCUACUUUGCACACCUACCAGCACUGCCACCAGUAGAGUAUUCAAAACUUCCUGGAACUGCUGUUUGUAUCCUAGGCCUUGCCCUCAUUACCCCUCACAACCAACCACCUUUUGCCUUUUGAUCCACCCUCAUGGGCAGAUUCAGGGCCAAGCGCAUUUGGAGUGAAGUGUGUCUAAGGGCAAACAAGACUGGGGCUAAGAUCCCUGCCUGAGAACUUAUCCUUUGAAGCAAAAAGCCCAAUGGCCCCCAAAGCAAACAGCAAACUGGGGGGAUGCAUGUGGGAAAUUCUUUUUCUCCUUGGUGGGAGAACUGCACCAAAGUAGAUUAAGAUUAGGUAGCAGAGAAUAUGAACUGUGCCACAGAUUCUAAUUUUCCUACUGUGAAGACACGAGUCAGUAACAAAAUAUCACUAAUGACAGAGAGGUCACAGGAGAAGCUGUAAGGGUGUGUGGGAUUUGCUACCCAUUUCCCAACCAUGUAUCCACAGCCUCCAUUUUGAGCAAAAUACAUUCUUGAAGUUGAGGUCUAAAGAGACUCUUCACUUACAAUGGAGGCUGACAGAAGUUCAUGACUGAGUAGAUACACACAAUGAGAAACAGUCAGCUCUAAGAAUUGGAAGAGGAGAAGCCAAGGAAGAGAAGGUGGGCUACAGGCCAGUGCAUCCCAGAAAUAGUAGGACUGUCUAUGGCAUUUCAGUACCACAAGGCAGAUUUUUAACUAGGUUUUCAUUUUGUAAGUCACUGCAUAAAUAGUGAAAUUUCAAACCAAGCAAGUGAAUCUCACUAGAUCUGAAAAGGUUACAGAACUUCCCUAGAGAAAGGAUCUGUCCUGUAUCACACUGAGCCCAAAGUCAAACCUAGUUCUUCUGCAGUUUACUGCCAUCAAAGCCAUAGUCUGCUCCCCAGGGUGAAUGGCUCUGGUUACCGCCUUGUUUGGCUUAGGUCAAAAGAUUUUUAAAAAUGGACAAAACCACAAUGAAAUGACUUGAUACCCACUAGGAUAGGUAUAAGCAAGAAAAUGAAGAGUUACAAAAAUUGGUGAGGAUGUGGAGGAACUGAAACAUACAUUAGUGAUGGAAAUAUGAAAGUAUAGCUGCUGUGGAAAACACUUUGGCAGUUUCUCAGAAAGAUAAACUGUAUUACCAGCUACUCCACUCUUUGGUAUAUACGGAAAUGAAAAGACGUGUCCACACAAAAACUUGUACAUGAAUAUUCACAAGCAACAUUAUUUAUAAUAGCCAAAAAGUAAAAAUAACCCUGCUAUUCAUUAGCAAAUAAUAUAUCCAGUCAAUGGAUUGUUUGGCCAUAAAAAGGCAAUGAGGUGGAGAUACAUGCUGUAGUAUCAAUAAAUCUUGAAAAUAUUAUGCUAAGUUAAAGAAACCAGACAUAAAAGGCCACAUAUUGAGUGACUCUAUAAGAAUUGUUCAGCAUAGGUAAAUCUUUGGAGAUAAAAGACACAAGGAUUUGCCUGGGUCUGGGAGAAGGGUAAUGGAGUGACUGCUAAUGGGAACAGGGUUGUUUUUGGGGGUGGUAAGAAUGUUGAGGAAUUAGCUAUGGUGAUGAGUACAUAACACUGAACAAAUAUAUCACAACUCGCUGAGUUGUAUACUUUGAAAGGGUGAACUUUAUGGCUCUGUAAAUUCUCAAUAAAACUUUUUUUAAAAAAGAGGAACGGGUUUAUUAAGGCUCUAGUUUUGGAGGUUUUAUAGGACACAUAUUUGGAACAUUGCUGCAUGUUGCUGGUGAUUACUCACGGCUGGAAGAAAAACAGCCCAAAUCAAAACAAUCACCAACAGCUUGACUAGGUCCUCAAGGUCCUGUUCAAUGUUUCCCACCCCUACCCCACACACACACCCAUAACACAUUGCACUCUUCCUUGCUGUCCUUGUUGCAAGGAGACACACCAAUAAUGGCUGAUUCUGCAGAUGAAUCACUACAUUUUCGGUUUUCAAGAAACAGAAUUAGGUAUACAUAUGAUCAGAAUAUACAGAAAAUAUAUAAAUUAAAAAAAAUUCAGUAAAACACGUCAAAAUAGUCAAUACUGUGAGCACACAUUCUAUGGUUAGCCCACUCUCUGAAGCAUUUCUGAAAGUUUUCUUUUGCAUGUGGCUUUAUGCAGUGUAACAAAAAAAUAUUGUGAAUGGUGCUGCUAAGUGCCAUCUAAUGGAAAAGCACGCUCCGAAGAACAGUGUGGUGUGUCCUCCUCAUCUACUUUAUUCAUCUGCUGGCACUGUGUCAUUUCUGGCUCUUUUCCAAAGUCAAAAUGCCAUAAAAGGUAAAUGUUUUGAAUUGAUUCAGGACACAGACAUGCAAUGAGUAUGUACAACUGCCUCACAAAGUGAUAAAAAUGAUAGGAUAAAUGUGUCUGAAGAAAAAAGGAGUAUUUUAAAGCAAAUUUUUCUUGGUGCCUGUGUUCUUUUGUAAUGUCCAAAUCUCAAGGAAACCCAUGAGAACUUCUACAUACCGAUCCUGAGAGGUGGUGCUAGGAUUCCAUGCCUCUGGAUAACUUAGGUCUAGGCAACUUAUUGAAAACCGGUGCAUGGCUUUGGGAACUGUUCCGUACACAUUUUCCAGGAUUUUGUAACUAAAGAGGUCAUGCCUACUUCUCCAGCCAGUUUUGCCAUGUCCUAAUCUCUACACACAAAUCCCCAUAAUUCUUCAAAAGGGAGUAUAUUGGGAAUAUUUAAUGGUAAUUUCUUUUACUGUACAUUUUUUUCUAAAAACAUUUAUAUUUUUUGAUAUCAUGUAUAUGACUAUCUUUUCAGCCUUUGCUACUAGAAAAUCUAAAUGGCGAAUUUAUUAAAUUUUCUUUUCCUUGAGUCAGACUCCCUAAAGUUAUAUACCUUUAUCUGUCUGAUGUUUUUUCUAAUGUUUCAUUAAAUGCUUAAAAAAACAGUUUUCAUGAGCAAAAUGCUCCAGACUGUUGUUUGCAAGUUGGUCCAAAUUUCAAACAAAAACAAUCUACCCUGCUGUUAUUCCUUGAGGGAGAAGGUUAUGAAUAAAAAUUUAAAUAUUCACUGUA